AUGCCCGGGCCCGGAGGAGGGGGCGGCGGCAAUUUCCAGCAGCGGUGGGAAGGGAAGGGCAACCAAUCCAAGGGGAAGGCAAUGAACGUGAACGAUAUGACCCCGGAAGACCGAGAAGCACACCUCGCGCACAAGGCCGCGCAAAAGCACGCUCAGCGGUUAGCGGACCCGGAACCGGAAAAGCUGGAGGUUCCUGAGCAGAUGCUAAAAGAAGUCUACGCGGCGGCACAGGACGUCCUGCAUGCCAAGAACGACCUCCGCGGCAGGGGGUCCGUGGACGAGAAAGACGGGCCCCGCGCUCGUCGCAGGGAGGUGUGGGGAGGGAACGGGUCCGGGGUCUCGAUUCCACCGCCGCCGUCCCACAAGGGCGCCGCCUACGAAGACAUCCAGACGUCCCGUCGAAAGCUGCCGGCGUACGCUCGGCAGCAGGACAUUCUCGAGGCCAUCAACAACAACCAAGUUGUGGUCAUCUCGGGAGAGACGGGUUGUGGCAAGACGACGACAGGAGGGCAACAAGUUACCCUCGUUACACACCGUGGAUCAUCCUAUGGAGCAGCGGUGACAGCCGGAUCGAUGUUAUGGUGGCAUCAGGUCCCCCAGUUCUUGAUGGACCAGUACAGAUAUGACGGCGAUGGCGGCGACGGCGGAGGCGACGGAGGGGCGAGUAAGCCUUACAACAUCGUCUGCACGCAGCCGAGGCGCAUCUCGGCUAUCGGCGUGGCGGAGCGCGUGGCCGCGGAGCGCGGCGAGGCGGUCGGCGGGACUGUCGGGUACCAGAUCCGCCUCGAGCGGCGGGCCAGCGAGCACACCAAGCUGCUCUUCGUCACGACUGGGAUCCUACUCCGACGGCUGCAGGCCGACCCGCAGCUGGAGGGGGUGACGCACGUCAUCCUCGAUGAGGUGCACGAGCGGACGGUGGACUCUGAUUUCCUCAUCAUCAUUCUGAGGGACCUGGUCUUGCAGCGGAAAGACCUUACCCUCGUGCUCAUGAGCGCCACCCUGAACGCGGAUCUCUUCUCGAACUACUUCUCCCAAGCGCCCAAGCUGAACAUCCCAGGAUACACCUUCCCCGUGGAGGAGUACUACCUAGAGGACGCCCUGGAGCUUACGCGGACGCAAAUUACGCCGACGGUGAACAGGCAGGGGAGGGUGAAGCGCAAGCCGCUGGACCGGGAGCAGUUCGGACAGAAGAUGAGCAAGCUGGAACACUUGCGGGGGCGUUACUCGCAACGCACCCUCCAAUCGAUGGCAAUGUUCGAUGAGAGCGAGGUGCCCUUAGACGUUAUCGUAGACUUGGUCCGGCACGUCCAUGCCUACGAGGGGGAGGGGGCUAUCUUGAUCUUCCUCUCCGGCUGGGAGGAAAUCAGCGCGGUGCACGACAAGCUGGAGGCCCUGCCGGAAGCUCGCGCGUGGCGCCUGUACGCGCUGCACAGCCAGAUGCCCACCAGCCAGCAGAGGGACGUCUUCCUCCGGCCCCCUAGGGGCGUCCGCAAGAUCGUCAUCGCGACCAACAUUGCCGAGUCUUCCAUCACCAUCGACGACGUUGUUUACGUCAUCGAUGGCGGCAAGCACAAGGAGAAGAGUUACGAUCCUGAGGCAAAGGUGCAAAGCCUUCUCCCGGCUUGGGUCUCCCAGGCCAGCUCCAAGCAGCGCCGCGGCCGCGCCGGCCGCGUCCAGCCUGGGCGGUGCUGGCACGUGUACCCCAGGAGCAAGGUGUCGGAGAUGAACGAGUACCAGCUCCCGGAGAUCGUGCGCACGAGCCUGGAGAGCCUGUGCCUCCAGGUGCGACAUCUUGGUCUGGCAGCGGGGGGCAAGGGGGGCGUCGCGGGGUUCAUCAACAAGGCCCUCACGCCGCCAGGGGUGGUCGCGCUGGACAAUGCGCUCACGCUGCUUACGCGGAUCGGUGCUUUCCGGACGAACGAAAGCCUUACGCCUCUUGGUAAGCACCUCGCGCUCCUACCGGUGGAGCCGCAGAUCGGCAAGGCCCUGGUUCUGGGCUGCAUGCUGGGGUGUCUUGACCCCGUGCUGACCAUCGCGGCCCUGCUGAGCCAGCGCAACCCGUUCGUGAUGCCCAUGAGCAAGAAGGAAGAGGCGGACCAAGCGAAGCGGCGGUUCGCUCAGGGAGAGCCAAGCGAUCACCUGUGCCUCUACAACGCCUACGAAGCGUGGCGAAUGUGCCCUCGAAGAGACCAGCAGGAGUUCUGUCACGUCAACUUCCUGUCGCCGUCCGCCCUCAGGACCGCCUCUGAUGUCCGAGGGCAGUUCCAGACUCUGCUGCGCGACGCGGGACUCAUCCCGCGAGACAGGGAGCAGCUCGCGGAGCUCAACCGCCACUCGGAGAUGCCCAAGUACUGGCCGGUCGUGCGAGCGGCGAUGUGCUCCGGCCUGUACCCCAACCUCGUGCGGGUGGACUACGGCAAGAAGAAGUUCAAGCUCCUGUCUGCGGACCACAGCACGCUCAACCCUCACCCGUCCAGCGUCACGUCGGAGGGCAACCCGUUCAACCGGCGGUGGGCCUACUACCACGAAAUGUGCCGCACGCCGGGGGGCCUGUUCAUCUACGACCUAACCGAGGCGGCGCCGCUGCCGCUGCUGCUGUUCGGGGCGGGGCAACGCGAUCCUGGACGUCCCGGGCAGCUGAUCCACAAGCUGGUGACUGGCCCACACAUCCAGGGGGGAGGCAAGAAAAAGAAGGGCAAGAAGAAGGGGUACCAGGCCCCUCCCAGCGUGGGCCCCUUCGCCGGGGUGGAGCCGUGGGUGUACUUCGACGUCGGACGUGACGUCAGGCGCCCGCUCGAAGACAUUCGGUCGGCUCUGGAGUACGUGGUCGGGGAGCACGUCGGCGGCGCCAGGUCAUCCGAGAGGGAGACCCGCCUCAUCAACACCGUCGCCCAGGCCUUCGUGGGGGAAGAAGAGCUGGCAAACCCCCCGAAGCCCGGUGGUGGACACGACCGGUCGCAACACCACCACGGCACCAUGAAGGCGUACAACGUCGAUGCGGACGACGACUACGAGUUCCACCGCCACGGCCACGGGGGCUCCGAGUACCGCGGGUCCGGCCACGGCGCCUACCGGGGCUACGGCGACGGCAGCAGCGGAGCCAACGCUUCCUCCUCGUCUCGCGGCGGCGACGGCGGCGGCGGCGGCAGCGGCGGGUACGGCAGUAGCUCCGCUAUCGGCAGCGGCGGCCACGGAGGUUACUCCCGAGGCGGCGGCGGGACUGGGGGGCACUACAGCAGCAGCAGCUACAGCGGCGGCGGCGGCGGCAGCCACGUGCAAAACGGAGCGGGGUACCCGCCGUACGGCAGCAGCAGCGGCGGCGGCGACCGCAGCGGUGACCACCGAGGCGACAGCGGUCGCGGUGGAAGCGGCGGCCACUACGGGAAGUCAUCCCCUCCCCUGAGCGAGAAGCCUCCUUCCCACUCCAUGGCAGGGGGAGACGUCCGGUACGCUGCCCCACAAGCGGCCCCCAAGCUCGGCCACUCGUCCUCGUCCAUGUCUGGCGGUGGCUCGUCCUCCAUGUCGGGGUCCGCGCACGCCGGCGGCUCGUUCGGCGGCUACGGCCACUACGGCGGCGUCGGUCGGAGCGGCGGCGGCGGCGGCGGCGGCGGCGGUGCAGGCCCGCUCGGGCCCGGCGGGGGACCCGCCCGCUACAACCCCUCCAACGGGGAGUCGUCGGGCGGCGGGGGUUACCAGGGGGGCGGCAGGGGGGAUCCCGGCAGCGUGUCUCAGCCCCGCUCGUUGGCCCGCCCGGGAGGCGUCGCGUCGCACGAGUUCACCCGCGGCCCCAUGAGGCCGUCUACGCACUCCCCCGUGUCCACCGUGCUCGGCGGCGAGUACCACAACUACGCCGUGCCUCCGGGUAGCGCGCCGCUAGGGGGCGGCAGCGGCGGCGGCGAGGGGGGGGCGGGGCACCCGCAGCACCACUACGUGUCGAGGAGCGUCCCCAUGUCGCGCGGGGAGGACUCGCGAGACCGGGACGGCCACGGCGGGCGGGGGGGGAAGCGCGGCCGCUGGUAA